CGCAAGCUGCCCGCGCCCCGCGCCCUGCCCAGCCCGGGUCGCCGCGGCUCGCGCCCGCCGCUUAGCGCUCGGCGCCGCUCGCUCCUCCGGGCGCCGCGGAACUCGCGCCGCAGACGGACACAAUGGCGGCGGCCACCGCCACCCCCGGCACGGCCGCCUGCGGCAGCGGCACCCCCGGCUCCGACGCCGCGAGCACCGGCGCGUUGCAGCCGCAGAAGCAGCCGGGGCCCCCGCCGCCUCUGCCGCCCGAGCAGCCCCGGAAGCCGCGCGUGGACCCGCGGCGGCGCCAGGCUGCCCUGUCCUUCCUCACCAACAUCUCGCUGGACGGGCGGCCGCCGCUGCAGGACGAGUGGGGCGGCGACGGCGGCGGCGCGCCCAGGGCGGGCGCCAGGGCUCGGCUCAGCCCGCUGCCCGCCGGCUGCAGCGCGCUCGCCGCGCCGGGCCCCUGCGCCCCGCAGCCUUGGCCGCUGCCCCGCGCGUCGGGGGAGCUGUCGCUGCCUCCCCGGCCGGCGCCCCCCGCCGCCUGCGCCCCGCUGCAGCAGCCCGAGGGGCCUGGGCAGGAGGAGUUGGAGGAGGACGACGCUUUCGCCAGCGUGCAGGUGCCCGCGGCCGCCUUCCUGGGCUCCGGGACCCCCGGCAGUGCGAGCGGCAGUCGGGGCCGCCUCAACUCGUUCACUCAGGGAAUCCUGCCCAUCGCCUUCUCCCGGCAGACCUCCCUGGAGCAGCCCGGCCCGGGCGGCUGUGCCGGAGCCUUCGAGCAGCUGCAGAGGUCCCGGCGUCGCCUCAUCUCCCAGAGAUCAUCCUUGGAGACCCUGGAAGACAUUGAGGAGAACGCCCCUCUCCGGAGAUGUCGAACUCUCUCAGGUUCGCCCAGACCAAAGAAUUUUAAGAAGAUUCAUUUUAUCAAGAACAUGCGGCAGCACGACACCAGGAAUGGCAGAAUAGUCCUUAUCAGUGGCAGAAGAUCCUUCUGUAGCAUAUUUUCCGUGCUGCCGUAUCGAGACAGUACCCAAGCAGGGGACUUGAAGUUGGACGGAAGCAGACAAUCAGCAGGCGCCAUGAACUUGAAAGAGAUCAUUGGCCUGGAAGGUGUGGAGCUGGGGGCUGAUGGGAAGACGGUUUCUUAUACCCAGUUUCUGUUACCCACGAAUGCCUUCGGAGCCCGGAGAAACACCAUAGACUCCACCUCCUCCUUCUCCCAGCUCCACAGCCUGAGCCGCCGCAGCCUCUGCAUUGGCCGGGCCGGCAGCACCCAGGGCAGCCUGGACACAGGUAGUGACCUGGGAGAGUUCACGGACUAUGACCCGAACCUCCUGGACGACCCCCAGUGGCCUUGUGGCAAGCACAAACGAGUUCUGAUCUUCCCUUCCUACAUGACCACAGUAAUUGACUAUGUGAAGCCCUCAGACCUCAAGAAGGACAUGAACGAGACCUUCAAGGAGAAGUUUCCUCACAUUAAAUUAACGCUUAGCAAAAUCAGGAGCCUGAAACGGGAGAUGCGGAAGCUUGCCCAGGAGGAUUGUGGCUUUGAGGAGCCCACGGUGGCCAUGGCCUUUGUCUACUUUGAGAAGCUCGCCCUCAAGGGGAAGCUGAACAAGCAGAACCGGAAGUUGUGUGCUGGAGCGUGUGUGCUGUUAGCAGCCAAGAUCGGAAGUGACCUCAAGAAGCAUGAAGUCAAGCAUUUAAUUGAUAAGCUAGAAGAGAAGUUCCGGCUGAACCGACGAGAACUGAUUGCCUUCGAGUUCCCAGUGUUAGUGGCCUUGGAAUUUGCACUCCACCUGCCAGAGCAUGAAGUCAUGCCGCACUACAGACGCCUGAUCCAGCGCUCCUAGCACAGGCCUUGGGGGCAGGGGGGAAGGACCGGGUCUUUGGGGUUCAGGGGAACAGCGCUGACUCCCUGAAAUACAGAACUGGAGCUCCAGGACCCAAGCUGCUUUUCCUCUCGCCGAGUUGCCCUGGGGAAGCAGCACUGGAAAGGGCAGGGCAUCGUGGGUCUGCUUCUGGAGAGCUGCUGCCCAAAGGGGAGAUGUACACGAGGGCGGCAGAGGCUGUGCCCACCCGGCUCCCCACCAGCACAGACUCCAAGGCUGCCUGGCCAGCUCCUGCUGCCAGGAGUGCACAGCCCUGCCCUCCCUGCCCAGGACUGCCCCUGCAGACUUCCUGCCUCGGAGCACAGUGCUCGAGCAGGUGAGCAAGCUGCAGGCUUGGGGAAGGCUUUGACAGGUUCCUCCUGGUGUCAGAAGUGCGUGCCAAUCUAUUUUUGUAUCGACCGUUGGAAGUGCACUUUCUCCAGGCAGGUGCCCGGGCUCCCACGGGCGCCCUUCAGAGCUGGCGCCUGCAGUUCUUUCCAGGUGAUGUCCAGAUGACAGUCGUCCGUCAUCGGGUUCCACAUGCACAGUCUCUGCCCUUAGAUUACAUUGUUUCUGUCACCGCUCAUGCCACCAACCGGACAGAGACAAGCCUCGGCAUUGGAUGGGUGGCGUGGAACGCGUGCAGUGUGACACUCUUGCUGUCACACACACCCUGUGCAUCUGCUUAGCCUGCACACCACUCCCACUGUGGGGCUCGCAGCCCACAGUGAGCGCCUGUGCUCUAUGUUAGAGUGCAUCUUAAGCACGUUGACUGUGCUAGGUCUACGGAAGAGUUUCAUAAAAAUCCAGUGGAAGGGCGCGAUGCGUGGCUGGUGUCUGUGGCUUUUGCAACUGGGAUAAACUGCAUUUUGAGCCACAGUCAAACUUACCACAGAGGCAGUGGCCCUUGGGACCACAUACCAAGGUCUCCUAGUGCAGAUUUUGGCUGACUUGUCCUGCUACUCUGGAAUGACCUGUACUGAGGUGGGCCACCACAAGACAGAGGUGUCACCGGGCUGAAGAAAGCUUGUGGCCAUGUAAAAGGAAUUAAAAUAUUUUACUGUUUUAUAUAUA